AUGGAGAGGGACAGCGGCAGGAAUGCUUCCCCGGCAAGGACGCCCCCAGCCCGGGCUUCUCCAGCAAGGACGUCUCCGGCUCGGGCCUCCCCAUCCAGGUCCUCAUCGGGAGGGUCAUCAUCGGCCAGGUCAGCCUCCACGACGUCCUCUCCAACAAGAGUGUGUCUUGUUAGAGCGACACCAGUGGGGGCUGUCCCAGUCCGGGCAUCUCCUGCCAGGUCAGCGCCAGCCACCAGGGCCAGUGGGGAGAGCCCAGGUCUCGGCUUGCCCAAGUUCUCCUGGCAGGAGAGCCAGAAGCAGCUGCCGCUCAUCGGGUGUGUCCUCCUCCUCAUCGCCCUCGUGGUCGCGCUCAUCCUUCUCUUCUACUUCUGGCGGGGCCACACGGGGAUCAAGUACAAGGAGCCCGUGGAGAGCUGCCCCAAGCACGCAGUUCGCUGUGAUGGGGUGGUGGACUGCAAGCUGAAGAGUGACGAGCUGGGCUGUGUGAGGUUUGACUGGGAGAAGUCUCUGCUGAAAGUCUACUCUGGGUCCUCUCAUGAGUGGCUUCCCGUCUGCAGCAGCAGCUGGAACGACUCCGACUCAGAGAAGAUCUGCCGGCAGCUGGGGUUUGAAAGUGCUUACCGGACAACCGAGGUGGCCCACAGGGAUUUUGCCAGCAGUUUCUCAAUCUCUGAGUACAACUCCACCAUCCAGGAGAGCCUCCGCAGGUCUGAAUGCCCUUCCCAGCGGUACGUCUCUCUCCAGUGUUCCCACUGCGGUCUAAGAGCCAUAACCGGGAGGAUCGUGGGAGGGACGCUGACCUCAGAGAACAAGUGGCCUUGGCAAGUCAGUCUUCACUACGGCAUCACCCACAUCUGCGGCGGCACGCUCAUCGAUGCCCAGUGGGUGCUCACCGCUGCCCACUGCUUCUUUGUGACCCGGGAGAAGAUCCUGGAUGGCUGGAAGGUGUAUGCCGGGACUCACAACCUGCACCAGCUGCCUGAGGCAGCCUCCAUCUCCCAGAUCAUCAUCAAUGGCAACUACACGGAUGAGCAGGAUGACUAUGACAUUGCACUCGUGCGGCUCUCCAAGCCCCUGACCCUGUCCAGUCAUAUCCACCCUGCCUGCCUCCCCAUGUAUGGACAGACCUUCAGCCUCAACGAGACCUGCUGGAUUACGGGCUUUGGCAAGACCAAAGAGACAGAUGAGAAGACAUCCCCGUUCCUCAGGGAGGUGCAAGUGAAUCUUAUUGACUUUAAGAAAUGCAAUGACUACUCAGUGUACGACAGCUACCUUACCCCACGGAUGAUGUGUGCUGGGGACCUUCGCGGAGGCAGAGACUCUUGCCAGGGAGACAGCGGGGGACCUCUUGUCUGCGAGCAGAACAACCGCUGGUAUCUGACAGGUGUCACCAGCUGGGGCACGGGCUGUGGCCAGAGAAACAAACCGGGUGUGUACACGAAAGUGACGGAAGUCCUCCCCUGGAUUUACAGCAAGAUGGAGAGUGAGGUGCGCUUCCGGAAAUCCUAA